AUGAAUGCCAACCCGAGUCUAGGUUGGGAACGACUCCAGGAUGUAUUCUAUCGCAUCCGCGAAUGCUGUCCUACACUAAACUGGAGCCAGGAUUUGUCCAAAAAUCUGGUUGCAGUGGCUCCUUUCAGCUCAACUAUUGCCAUGUUUUCGAAUAAAUUUGGUACCGGGGCUGUUCACGGGACCUUCAUUAAGGUGUACUCAGGCUCUGGGUCUGAGGUAUGCUCGAUUCCAUGGUUGAACUCCAACGGCGAUAUCGUUGCCUUGGGCUGGAAUGACCAAAUGCAUUUGAUUGUUGUUCUUUCCAGCGGAAAGACACGUGUUUAUUCAAACUUCGAAGGCGACUUCACAGAAUUCAGUCUGGGGUUGUCUACUGGGGAGACAGUCAAGGAGGCCAAGUUCUGGUCCUCAGGGAUGGUCGUUCGGCUUUCGAAUGACCAGUUUGUUGCGGUAACUAGUUAUAAGCGGAGAGUGAUGCUUUGGCUUGAAGAGAUCGUCGAGUUAACACUGAAGCAAGAGAGUGUGAAAUCCUGGGCUUUGAAUCCUCCUUUGUACAAUAGAGAACUGAGCGUGUUGGUCUCCACCGAGACGGGGAUACGGGCGAUUGGAACUACCACAGUGCAAGACAUGGGCUUCAAAGCGGGAGCCUCAUGUCACCUGAUAGCGCUGCCUCGGGUUGGUGACUUUGUAUCGCUUUUCACCAAGGAUCACACGAUUCUGAUUGUGACGUCUGAUUUCAAAACGAUUCUCUCAGAAUUCAGUUCUGACAAUGGUGGGAUUCCGAUACAGAUGGAAUGGUGCAGCAAUGAUGCUGUAUUGGUAGCAUUCAAGGAUGAAAUCAAGGUGGUUGGACCAUCUGAGGAAUCAUUGGCUUUUUACUAUGACUCAGAUGUGGUUCUAAGUCCCGAAGAAGACGGUGUAUUCAUUCUGAGCAACGAUAGACUCGAGUUUUUUUCCAAAGUGGGCGAUGCUACGGCUGAGACUUUCAGACUUGGCUCUACUGCUCCCAGUGCUGUUCUACUAGAUGCCAUUGACCAGCUAGAUAGACAUUCGCCAAAGGCAGAUGAGAAUCUCGAGAUCAUCAAGGACAACCUGGUGGAGGCGAUGGAUGUCUGUAUUCGUGCUGCUUGUGAGGAAUUCGACGCUUACUGGCAGAAAAGAUUGCUCAGAGCAGCCUCUUUCGGCAAGUCCAGUGUUGAUCUCUACAACCCAGAAGAGUUCGUAGAGGCGUGCAAUAUCCUUCGAGUGUUGAAUGCUGUCAGACAGCCCGAGGUGGGGAUGUUCUUGACAUAUUCGCAAUACCUGAAUCUAGGCCCUGAAAAGCUCAUAGAGAUCCUUCUUACGCGGCAGCAACACUAUCUUGCCUUUCAAGUCGCACAGUUUUUGGACCUACCUGUUGAUCCGAUUUUCAUCCACUGGGCCUGUUGUAAGGUCAAAUAUUCCAGAGAUUUGAGCGAUGAGUCUCUAUUUGACGUCGUGAUGAAGAAAUUGGAACCCCGUAAGCCAAUAACCUUGGCGAAGGUGGCUAAGGCUGCAUAUGAAGAGGGCCGCACGAAAGUUUCAAUCAUGUUCCUGAACAACGAGCCCGAUCUGAACAAACAGGUUCCUUUGUUGAUUGAGAUGGAGGAAGACGAACUGGCGUUGAUCAAAGCGGAGGAUGGUGGAGAUGCAGAUCUACUGCUAUAUGUUUUGAUAAUGCUCCAGAACAAACUUUCGCUGGCUGAUUUCUUUCAGAUCAUCAACCACAGACCAAAGGCAAUUGGAGUUUUCAAGCAGACGCUUUGUCAGUUUUACCCAAAGCUCCUUCAAGAUUUUUACUAUCAAGAUGAUCAGGUGGGCAAACUGGCGGAGCUUGAGCUUGAUUCCGAGUAUGGAAACCACAACCUGAUAAAAACACAACAAGACGUUGAUAGAAGACGGACAACCCUCCAUGGGGUGAGCAGACUUCUCGCUAAGGGAGGUGUGGAUGCGCAAGAAGACUCUGUGUUGGUCCAGUCAGAGCUCUAUCUUCUCACGCUACAGGAGAAGUACACUAAUGCGUAUGAUGCUGAUUUUUUCAACAAAAGUGCAGUUGAAAUGCUGGAGAAGGUUCUCUCGCUUGCCUCAUUGGCCAAAGCAGCCAAGGCUCAGAAAGAACUUCGGAUAUCGGAUAAAAGAUACUGGUGGAAGGUCGCCAAGGUCUUGGCCAAAGAGCACAGAUUUGAAGAGAUGUACGAAUUUGCGGUUUCCAAGAGAUCACCUAUAGGAUACGAGCCGUUCUACCACGAAUGUGUCAAGUAUGGAGAGAAGAGGCAUGCUGCGCUUUACGUGGCCAUGUGCUCGCGUCUGAAUUACAAACAGAGGAUACGGAUGUAUCUGGUGGUGGACGACUUGAAGAGUGCUGCCGAGGAGGCUUUCAAGAAGAGGGAUUUGGACUAUCUUAGUGUGAUAGAGGAGAGAGGAAAUAGUGUCAUCAAAAGACAGGUGCAGGAGUAUAGAGAAACAAUGGGGGGAAGAAGGUGA